UACCUCGUCAUUGUUUUCUUGCCCGUAAUUCCUUUCCAAGGGAAAAGGAAAGAAAGAAAAGUGAAGGCACACGCACACACGCACACCUUCUCACACGCAGCCCUCAUUACAGAAUCAACCAUGACAGCUUCACCAAAAACACCUACAUCCUUGAACGAAGGGAUUGCACUCUAUACUCCAUUUCUUCUCCGCUAUUUCUAUGAUUUCUGGGUCCUAUGGGUUUCCAACAAGUUUGCAUGGAAAUGCCCAACCUCAACCGUCCAGCUCCCAUUGUUCAACGCCGCCAUGGGUCAGAGCCACCUCGACAUCGGCGUCGGCACAGGCUACUACCCAGCAAAGAGCCUAAAGGCCGGCGCCAAAUGUACUGAAAUCACCCUCCUGGACCUCAGUCCCAACUCGCUUCAGGCUACCGAGCAGCGCAUCCUGGAGACGGUAGGCCGGGAGGCGGUCCGCGUGAACACUGUCGUGGCUUCGGCCCUGGAGCCACUUCCCUUCGACAAGACCAAAAAGUUCAACUCAAUUAGUGUUUUCUUCCUGUUGCACUGUAUGCCGGGGACACCUGAAGAAAAGUGCAAGCUGUUCGACGUGGUGCGGCCGCAUCUGGCGGAGGACGGCGUGCUUGUGGGAACGACUGUCCUUGGUCAGGGUGUACCAAUCAACUGGCUGGGACAGAAAAUGAUGAACAGCUACAACAACAAUACAAAGUCUUUCCAUAACUCGGAGGACAACAAGGCUCAGUUUGAUGAGGGCCUUCGUCGGAACUUUGAGGAGGUGGAUUCGUGGAUCAUGGGCCAGGUUAUGCUCUUCAAGGCGAGGAAGCCAAGACAACAAGAUGCCAUCACCAAUGUAGUUCCGAAAGACAACUUGGAUUGAGAAGAACCGUAGUGAAGCUGUCCGUAUAGUUUCUCGACGAACUAAAGGUGAAAUGAGGGGGAUGUCCAACGGACAAGGGAGAAAUGGCGGUGCGAUAUAUCGAACAUCGAAAGGUUUCUUGCAGUGAAGAUGUUACUACUUAGUUAUAGCCUGAAAUGCUGUUAAUCUCCUAUUUCGGAGCACAAUGACAUCUCCUGAGG